AGAUUCAAAUAUUCCAGUGUUUGGACCGCUCUUGUAUUUUUUGUUAUUAAUAUUGAAUUUUUUUACUUUAUUGAAUUUUUUUUACCGUAUAGUCAUUUUGUUAAAUCUGAUACCCAAAAAGAUGGAGCCAAAAAGUAAGAAGUUUAAACGAAAUCGACCCCCUGUAAAAGCAGAUUUGUCAAAUGAGGCUGCACUCAAUCUCCCUCACCAUGUUAAAAACGACCUGUGCAGGACAAGAGCUCCAUAUCGCCAGGGUCGAAAAUUGACAGCGGUUAAGGUGUACACUGUCAACAAUGAAUCUCAACAUUUGCUGAUAUUCAAUGUACCUUCAAUAAACCUGGUUGUUGAAAUCAAGGCUCUGUGUGAGCGCUUUGGCAGCAUCCAUGGCUUGUACAAGCUGCUCACACAAAAUGACGAAGAGUUCACCGAGACUUUUCACGUGCAUUUUUCUGACAUAAGGCAAGCAAGAUUUGCAAAAAAACAAUUAGAUGAUAGACCUUUCUACGGAGGUGUGUUGCACGUCUGCUAUGCACCUGAAAUGGAAAGUUUAGAGGAGACAAGAUAUAAACUUAUUAAUAGGAGAAAAGAAAUUGCAUAUUAUUCUGGAAGAACAAUAAAUUCUGCUCCUUUUAUGAAAACCAAAUUUAUUCCUAACAAACCACAAUCAAGAAAUCGCUCAAAUGUCAACAAUUUUGCAAGUCUAAUUAAACAAAGUUUUGUGCCAGAAAAUACUAAUAUUCCUACAACUAGUCAACAAAAGCACACAUUUCCCACUUUUGAUUAUCCAUCUCAAAAGGUUUGGAAGCAGCCAGGAAAUGUACCCGAUUUUAAACAAAAUUCAAAUGGUCAUUUUAAAAAGUUCAUACCUUCAUCAGUCAUAAAAUCAAAAUGUGUUAGAAAAUAAUAUUUCAUAAUAUUACAUUUUUUAUACAACAAAAAAUGUUGUGUUCUGUCAAUUAUUUUACCAAUAUGUAUGUAUGUGUAAAUGAAUAUACCUAAAAUGUAAAAUAUAAAAUAUUUGUAUUGUAACAAUAAAAAUCAUAUUGACCUUA